GUGUGUGUGUGUGUGUGUGUGUGUGUGUGUGUCCGGGGCCGGGAGACUCCGGGGCCUCGAUUCCUCCGCCGAGCUGGCUGCGGCGGGCGGGGCCCCACUCAGCAGCUGUUUGGUAGCAUCUCGGCAGAUCUUUACGCUCUUGGUGACGGGAGAUACAGAUUCCAAAUUCCCCCAGCUUUCCCUAACCCAGCUGCUCUGAGAUUCGGAGUUGUUGCUUCAGCGAUAAAGGGGAUCACAGAAAACAGCAUUCAGUCAGAGCGAGGAACCAAAAACAGCUUAGAGAGAGAGGCCGUUGGAGGGCGUCCGGGAGGCUUUAUGUCCGACUGGGGCCAAGGAUGGGUCUGGUCCCGCGUGGGGAUUUCGGGACUUUCAGGGGAUGUGCAGGAGACGCUGGCUGAUUUCCUUCUGCUCCUCCAGGCUCCUGGCCAGAAGCUGGAGGGGGCUUGGCCAACACGAGCACAAAACGACUCAACGGUGCUUUCUGGCUCUGAGAUUUAAAAAAAUGUCUGCAGACGACAGAGGCAUCCGGGCUACCCAGAACAAGGAGAGAGCCCGAGAGGGAAUUGACUUCUAUGGGACUGUUUUCCUUUGCCUGGUGAAUUCAUAGUCAGCAGACCAAAAGCUACAUAAGAUGACUCCAGGUCAUGGGCAUUCUUGUCAAGAAAUGCUCUCUGAGUCAGAGGGGCCAGUGCCUCUAGGAGAGGCCCGGGAGUCACCCCGCAUCAAGGUGGAGCCAGAGGAGCCACACCCUGAAGGGGUGUUGCCGGAGACCAGAGCUCAAGGAGCACGGGGCUGGGUGCCCCUAAGCCAGGGCGCUAAGGAGAAAGUGUGUUUCCUGCCUGGAGGAGCCCCCCCAGCCCCCCAGAUUCCUGUGCUCUCCCGCGAGGGGAGGACCAGAGACCGGCAGAUGGCCACGGCGCUGCUCACUGCCUGGUCCCAGAUGCCGGUGACCUUUGAGGACGUGGCUCUGUACCUCUCCCGGGAGGAAUGGGGACGGCUGGACCACACCCAGCAGAGCUUCUACAGGGAGGUCCUGCAGAAAAGGAGCGGGCUGUCCUUGGCAGGGUUUCCCUUCAACAGACCUUUCUGGGCCUCUCAAGUGCAGGGCAAGGGCGAGGCCCCGGGCUCCAGCAGGCAGUUGGGACAUGAGGAGGAGAAAAGAGGAGUGGUAGAGGCAGACAAGGAGGAGCUGGCUGCAUCCCUGGGAGCCCUUGGCGAUGCAAAGGCCUUCAAAAGUCCUUCCUGCAGAGUGGGAAGAGCCCAGGGGGAGGCCCCGCGGUGCGGGCAGCGAGCAGCCAGCGGCCAGAACUCAGGGCCAGCCAAGGACAAUGUGCAGCCCUGUCCCGUGGAGGAGGCACAGCCGGAAUCAGCCCCGCCUGAUACCGACCUCCCGAAAACCCAGGAGGGCCACUUCCCAGAGCAGCCCAGAGAAGGGGAGACGGCCGCCCCCGAGAGCAGCGAGGAGGGCCUGGCGCUGGACAGCGAGGUGGGCAAGAAGACGUACAAGUGCGAGCAGUGCGGCAAGGCCUUCAGCUGGCACUCACACCUGGUGACGCACCGGCGCACGCACACGGGCGAGAAGCCCUACGCCUGCACGGACUGCGGCAAGCGCUUCGGCCGCAGCUCGCACCUGAUCCAGCACCAGAUCAUCCACACGGGCGAGAAGCCCUACACCUGCCCGUCCUGCUGGAAGAGCUUCAGCCACCACUCGACGCUGAUCCAGCACCAGCGCAUCCACACGGGCGAGAAGCCCUACGUGUGCGACCGCUGCGCCAAGCGCUUCACCCGCCGCUCGGACCUGGUCACCCACCAGGGCACCCACACGGGCGCCAAGCCGCACAAGUGCCCCAUCUGUGGCAAGUGCUUCACGCAGAGCUCGGCCCUGGUCACCCACCAGCGCACCCACACCGGGGUCAAGCCCUACCCAUGCCCCGAGUGCGGUAAGUGCUUCAGCCAGCGAUCCAACCUCAUUGCGCACAACCGCACGCACACCGGCGAGAAGCCCUACCACUGCCUCGACUGCGGCAAGAGCUUCAGCCACAGCUCGCACCUCACCGCGCACCAGCGCACCCACCGCGGCGUCCGGCCCUACUCCUGCCCGCUGUGCGGCAAGAGCUUUAGCCGGCGUUCCAACCUGCAUCGGCACGAGAAGAUCCACACGGCGGGGCCCAAGGCCCUGGCCAUGCUGAUGCUGGGGGCGGCCGGGGCUCUGGCAGCACCCCCGCCUCCCCCUACCUAGGAGGCUGGGAGGGAGGGGCCGGGGCAUCUGCUGUGGGGGUGUGACCUGGGAGACCCAGGAAGGGAGGCGGGGAGGUGCUGGCAUGGGGGUGGCAACACGGGAGGAGCUCAGAUGAGGACCAGGCAUGCUUGCCACAAAUUAAAGGCCUUGGAAUUCAA